AUGUUCACACUUCUCACUCGAGGGAUACCAUCUCUGAAAACUCGUGGUUUUCUUAAAGUCAAAUAUCCGGGUAGUUCAGAUGUCUAUGAAUCACUGCUAGAAGAUUCGAAUUCAGAGGAUGGAAAGCCCAAACCGCCCGACGUUCACAUUCGGAUGCCACGAAUAGUCAACGCAUGUCCUCCUGGGUCGCCUUCAUUACGAUUAGCACUAGUAGUACUAAGUAUAGGUGCCGCCAGUCAUUUUUUGCUUUUCCUAGACAGUGUGGUGGACAACUUGCUACCGGCAGCAAUGCCUUUUUUCUUAUCAGUGUAUGAAACUAAAGAGAAUGCCAACCAUGCAUGGGAGAUGCUUGUUUCGUCAAGAAUCUAUGGUCUUGCUAUCGGAUGUUUCAUCGCUGUCCUUCUGUCUCAUCAGCAUGGAAGGAAACUACCGGUUGUUGUAGGAACAAUUCUUGAUGUCAUCGGUGUGAUAUUGACAUUACUCAUCACCUAUGUACCUCACGGGGUUACUGUUGCAACAAUGGGUAGAUUGAUAAAUGGAAUCGGUCAGGGAAUGGUUCAAACUGCGGGGUCGGUUAUGCUUUCUGAACUGCCACCAUUGAAGAAAAGAGGAACUGUUCUAGCUACACUGACGAUGUGGGCUUGCAUGGGAGAACUUGGAGGGAUGACAAUAUCUUUGGACGAGUUUUUUGGAACUCCGGAGCUCUGGCAAUGGGCAAUGGGUUUCCCUCUUCUUGUGCUUCUACCAGCUCUAUACAUCAUCUGCCACGCUCCUGAGUCGCCAAGGUAUCUGUUUCUGGAGAAUCGAGAGAAUGAAGCACGGAAAGCGAUGUCGUACUAUCAGAGCCCUGUGGAUUGUAAACAGUCGAUUGAAGAAAUUCUCAUGGAAAAGCAAUUUACGUUGCAAAUGGUGAAAGAAAAAGUGGAUGAGAACGGAAACUCUUCCAAAAAAGAGAGAGAUGGAUUAGUAACGUCAAUAAUAGAACGACUUAAAGAUGGAAAAUUCACACGUGCUCUACUUAUCGCUUUAUUUGUUCAAACUUUUGUUCACCUUGAUGAUUGGCUGUGGAUUUCCUACUCGACACAGAUUUUUGAAAACUUUGGAUUAACGUCAGGAAAAGCACAAACUGCGUCUCUGAUCAUGUCACUACCACAAGCUGUGAUUAGUAUUGCUUUGUUAGGAUGCUUCGAUAACUUUGACCGCCGAACGCUUCUCAUCGUUCCAACAAUUCUCAGUGUAAUAUUCGGAUUCCUUGCUAUCGUCUUCUCCAGUCCACUUCUUUCAAACGUUUUACCGCUAUUUGUCGUUAUACCCAUCCUAGCCACUUUCGAUUUAUCGGUCGCCGCGAUCAGUGGAGAAUCGGCUUACGCUAUCGUGCCUGAACUAUUCCUUGCAAAUGAUAAAGUAUUGGGAUCAGCCAUCGUCGGCAUCGUUCAGAAUGGAUUCGGUGGGGUGUUGACCAACUGUCUAUUAACAGCACUCAAUAAACAUGGAAUAUCAAAUGUAUUGAUACCAUUUGUGGCUAUGAAUACAGUAUAUGCCGUUGUAAACUAUAAAUGGCUACCAGAAACUGCAGGAAAAACUCCACAGGAAAUCAGCCGCCACUUCUCAGCUGAAUUUCCGGGAACCAACGUAUUUCUUUACUUAAAACACAAAUCUUCAACCUUUCUUGCAUAUCUAAGAGCUAAACCGGUAUUAGUGAAUGUGAUCAGCUUUAUCGUCCAGUUGGUAUGCUGCAUGUUUCUUCUCGACUUCGGAGUAAAUCUCUAUAAGAGCAUUGGAAAGUGA